AGGUCGACUCGUUCCGCCAUAUCAUGAAUCUGGCAUUCCAGGCGCACAAGUACGACGGGGAAAAGGCCAUGGUGCGCAUCGCGUGGCCGUUGUUCAUGGUGGCCCUGGAGACGAAUGACCACCUCCACCGGGAGUGGGUCCUCAGCCGAUUCCGUGGCAUCCGUCAAUUUGGCUUGAAUUUCGAACGAGCAUAUCAGUUCUUAGUUCCUGUUGUUGAUCUGCAAAGCAAGUUGGGGGAACGUGUGGAUGUGCGGGGUAUAUCUCCAUCUCGUGAUUUUGGCUUGUUUGUUCUCUAGUCUUUCUUUCAUGAACAAUCCGGGAGUCUGAACUUUAAACCACCACCGCUUCGACUGAAUAGCCGACUGUCGCUUAUUCCAUACAUGUUGGACAAGAUCUUUGGCUCGUGGCGCUAGGGCCAUUCCAUAUCCAGUACUGUACGUCAAUUGCGGGGAAAAGGUUACGAAGAGCCUUGAAGCGGCACUCCAGUCGUUCUGUAUGUAUAUAAUGUCUCCUUCAAUGUAGCUUGAGCCCCAGUUCAACGCUUGCAUUUACCCAAGUCAAACCUUGCCCACACUACGGCCGACAACAACCAACCAAGUGAACCGAAGGUAUCAUGUCCACAGGAAACGCUCAAGGAUGUUGAGCUAGGAGAUCUCGAUGUGCAAUCGCUUACGCUGGAGGAGGACAAGAGGAUUCUGCGCCGGAUUGACCUCUAGUAAGUGAUGUCUGAUAUGUCACGGGAUUGCGACGUCGCUCAUCACAAAUCCAGCCUUCUCCCAAUGAUGGCGGUUUCGUACAUGUUCCAAUUUCUUGACAAGUCGGCUAUGAGUUUCACAUCCAUUUUGGGUUUGACCGAUGAUCUGCAUCUGCAAGGAGAGGAUUACUCGUGGGCCAGCAGUAUCUACUAUUUCGGCUACUUAGCGGCGUCUUAUGUUGCCGCGGUCUUGCUGGUUCGGUAUCCCGUUGGCAAAAUGAUUUCUACAUCGAUUGUUGUUUGGGGUGCCGUGUUGAUGCUGACGGCAACGGUGUUCAACAGCCAAGGUCUCAUCGCGGUCCGUUUUUUCCUCGGUGUAACUGAAGCCGCGAUUGCCCCCGGUCUCAGCAUUGUCGUUUCCAUGUGGUACAAAAGAUCCGAACAACCCUUUCGCCAUGGCAUCUGGUUCCAGGGAAUUACUAUCGCGGGGAUCUUUGGCGGGCUGGUUGCGUACGGGAUUGGUCAUGUGCAAUCGAUCGCUCUAUGGAAGGCCGUGUUUCUCAUUUUUGGUGCUAUCACUAUUGUCUGGGCUUUCAUUCUUCUCUACUGGCUUCCGGACACCCCGAUGAACGCAAGGGUUCUCGGGGAAGAUGACCGACACAAGGCCGUUUUGAGAGUCCAGGAGAAUAUGACUGGCAUCAAGAAUGAUGAAUUCAAGGGUUACCAAUUUAUUGAGGCGCUUUGGGACUUGAAAUGCUGGGCCUUUGUCCUCAUCCAAAUCAGCUGCUCCAUUCCCAAUGGUGGGGUGUCCAAUUUCGGCUCGAUCAUCAUUGAAGGGUUUGGCUUCAGCACGCUGAAUACACUGCUUGUUCAGAUCAUAACCUACGUGGUCCAGGGUGUCCUCGUCUAUCUCUCUACGGCCGGUUGUUCUUGGUUUGAUAACAGCCGAACGUAUUGGAUGGUAUGGAACUCGGCCCUUUCAAUUGUUGGAGCUGCUAUGGCGCGGCAGAUAUCCCCCGAUAAUGUUUGGGCUCGAUUUAUCGGGUACUGUCUGGCAGGCGCUUACGCCGUAAACUUUCCGUUGACGCUGUCAAUGUCGACGGGCAACAUUGGAGGGUUCACGAAGAAGACCACGGUGAACGCUAUGGUCUUUAUCGGAUACUGUACCGGAAAUAUCAUUGGACCGCAUCUAUUUUUCCCCGAUGAAGAACCGUCGUAUCCAUCGGGCUUCCUAGCGAUGUUAAUAUGUUUUGUCAUCUCGCUGGUAUUGUCCCUUUGUCUGAGGUACUAUCUUAUCUGGGAAAAUAAUCGUCGGGAUCGCCUUGGACAUAUGGAUAGUGGCGAUUCUUUCGAACCUCUCGAUGCUACCAUCCUUGACAAGACCGAUAAGGAGCUCUUGCAGUUUCGCUAUGUUUAUUAAAAACAAGCCCUAUGCUUAGAAUGAGGGCAUCAUCGUAGGAUCAAAAUGAUCCCCUGUUUAUCCAGCCCAAGCGUAUUCCUACGCAAGGUUUAACUUGUCACGUAUAACAUGCAUCAAUUAAUAAGGCAACGAUGGCAUAUGACAGUCUUUCGGUUACUUUUGAGUCUUUCAUGUGUAUUGAGAUUUGUAUUUUCU